ACUGCUGUGGUUACGAUACGGACUUGUUUGUAUUGACAGGUGACUUAUGGUCUACUUUUAGAAAUGAAAUCUUAAAAGCAAAUUCUGCGAAAAGGUAGACCUGUUGUUGAAAGUUUAUGAGCUCCAAGAUGGAGGACUUCUAGAAGAGGGAGAAUUUCACGACGGUUUUAAAGAUCAAUUUCAAAUUCCACAUGACAAGUAAAAUGCACUGGAACUGUUCACACCUCUAAGGUCUCGGAGGGAAUUUGAUAUUACACGGUUUUUACAGUGGUAGCUCAAUUUUCCCCAAGAUGGCGAAGAUGAAGGUCUGCGUCCUCUUCCUGCUUGUCCUGGCGGGACUAUCUGUUAACAUAACGGGCCAAACAACGACCUGGGAUUAUCAAAGUUCUAGUGAAGCUGUAUCUGACUACACACCUUUUGCAAGUGAAGAAACAUCAUACCCAUAUUUGGCAAGCAGCUCAAUGCCAGCAUAUGCGGAGUCAGUAGAUGAUUCAGCGCCGGAAUAUUCCUUCCAAAGCAAUUUGAUGCCGGCAUAUUCGGAGUCAGUAGAUGAUUCAGCGCCUUACUACUCCUUCCAAAGCAGUUUGAUGCCGGCAUAUUCGGAGUCUGUAGAUAAUACAGCGUCGAACAUGCAUUACUCCUUCCCAAGCAGUUCCAUACCAGCAUACUCGGAGUCUGCAGCUUAUUCAGCACCUUACUCCUACAUCCAAAGUAGCUCGAUGGAAGCAUAUCCGUCGUCUUCAGGUUAUUCAGCGCCGUCCUCCUCCAUUGCCAGUAGCUACAUCCAAGCAUAUCCAUCGUCCUUCUCCAUUUUCAGCAGCUACGUGCAAGGAUAUCCAUCUUCCUCCUUCAUUUCCAGCAGCUUCAUGCAAGGAUAUCAAUCGUCCUCCUCCAUUUCCAGCAGCUACAUUCAAGCAUAUCCAUCGUCCUCCUCCAUUUCCAGCAGCUACAUGCAAGCAUAUCCAGCGUCGUCCUCCAUUUCCAGCAGCUCAAUGGCAGCACAGUCGUCGUCUGCGACAUAUCCAGCGGCGUCCUCCUUCAUUCCUAGCAGCUCGAUGGCAGCACAGUCGUCGUCUGCGACAUAUCCAGCGUCGUCCUCCUUCAUUCCUAGCAGCUCGAUGGCAGCACAGUCGUCGUCUGCGAUAUAUUCAGCGGCGUCUUCCUUCAUUCCUAGCAGCUCGAUGACAGCACAGUCGUCGUCUGCGAUAUAUUCAACGGCGUCCUCCUUCAUUCCUAGCAGCUCGAUGACAGCACAGUCGUCGUCUGCGAUAUAUUCAACGGCGUCCUCCUUCAUUCCUAGCAGCUCGAUGACAGCACAGUCGUCGUCUGCGACAUAUUCAGCGUCGUCCUCUUUCAUUCCUAGCAGCUCGAUGACAGCACAGUCGUCGUCUGCGAUAUAUUCAGCGGCGUCCUCCUUCAUUCCUAGCAGCUCGAUGGCAGCACAGUCGUCGUCUGCGACAUAUUCAGCGUCGUCCUCCUUCAUUCCUAGCAGCUCGAUGACAGCACAGUCGUCGUCUGCGAUAUAUUCAGCGUCGUCCUCCUUCAUUCCUAGCAGCUCGAUGACAGCACAGUCGUCGUCUGCGAUAUAUUCAGCGUCGUCCUCCUUCAUUCCUAGCAGCUCGAUGACAGCACAGUCGUCGUCUGCGAUAUAUUCAGCGUCGUCCUCCUUCAUUCCUAGCAGCUCGAUGACAGCACAGUCGUCGUCUGCGAUAUAUUCAGCGUCGUCCUCCUUCAUUCCUAGCAGCUCGAUGACAGCACAGUCGUCGUCUGCGAUAUAUUCAGCGUCGUCCUCCUUCAUUCCUAGCAGCUCGAUGACAGCACAGUCGUCGUCUGCGAUAUAUUCAGCGUCGUCCUCCUUCAUUCCUAGCAGCUCGAUGACAGCACAGUCGUCGUCUGCGAUAUAUUCAGCGUCGUCCUCCUUCAUUCCUAGCAGCUCGAUGACAGCACAGUCGUCGUCUGCGAUAUAUUCAGCGUCGUCCUCCUUCAUUCCUAGCAGCUCGAUGACAGCACAGUCGUCGUCUGCGAUAUAUUCAGCGUCGUCCUCCUUCAUUCCUAGCAGCUCGAUGACAGCACAGUCGUCGUCUGCGAUAUAUUCAGCGUCGUCCUCCUUCAUUCCUAGCAGCUCGAUGACAGCACAGUCGUCGUCUGCGAUAUAUUCAGCGUCGUCCUCCUUCAUUCCUAGCAGCUCGAUGACAGCACAGUCGUCGUCUGCGACAUAUCCAGCGUCGUCCUCCUUCAUUCCCAGCAGCUCGAUGGCAGCACAGUCGUCGUCUGCGAUAUAUUCAGCGGCGUCCUCCUUCAUUCCUAGCAGCUUGACGUCAUCAUACUCGGCGCCUGCGAGCAGUUCAGCUGCACACUACUCUUUGUCAGGCAGUUCGACAUCUUCAUAUUCGAUGUCGUCAAGCAGUGUGACAGCAGUGGCCAGGACUUCGUCUGGAGCAAAUCUGGCAUCAUCAUCCUCAAGCAUUGCAGCGCAAAGCUCUACCACACCGGCCUCUUCUAGUUCGCUUUUCAGUUCCUCAUCCGUGGUUGAGACGACCACUGCGACUGUCUCAGCUGCCUCAUCGCCAGAGAACCAAUGGUGGAACGACGCACGGCUAUACCCCUUUGGUGAGAACGCUGGAGACAGCACUACAGAAGAGGAGUUGCCGGGCCAGCUUUCGUGGUCUUGGUGGAGUUGGUGGUACUAUGACUAUGUCUGUCUCAGGGUUAACCUACUUAAGGCAGGGUUUCCCUUCUUUAACGGGAGGCACUACAAGAUUCAUAUUUGCAACAAUGGCGUCCUACAGUUCAACUAUGGAUGGAAAUUCAGCUGGCCGUGGACGUUUGGCACACGUUACUGGAUGGACCGCUAUGCUCUGAUUGCACCGUUUUGGGGCCGCAGUGACGCCACUUUAUUUACACGGUGGAAUGUGAAUAGGAACAAGACGCUUGUGUAUUAUCACGUGUAUGAGAUGAAUGACGAGAAGGCUGGAACAGAAGCCAUCAUUGAUCGAGCUUUGUCCGAUAUUGAAAAUUCAAACCAAAACCCGUCGCCAGGAGAAUUCACCCCCACCUGGGUAAUGGUGGUCACGUGGACCAACCUCCCGCCUUACGUGAGCUACUGCGCCUACUGGAACUGGUACUACUACUAUUAUUAUUAUUACUGGAAUUAUAAUAACCCGUGCAGUGACAGGGUACAGAAUAUGCAGGUGAAUAACUUCCAAGCCGUCCUGAUGACUGACGGCCAGUUUUCCUUUGUCAAAUUCAUAUAUCCGGACAUAAACUGGUUUUACGAAGAUUACACCAAGGCCAUCUUUGAAAAAUUUGUGUCCUCCUCCAUACGGUACGGGAUGCCAGUGGCGGGAUAUAGCGCCGGGGACGGAAGUGAUUACCGCCAGAACACCUACUACAAUAUGCCAGCUUCCGGGAAAAGUGUCAUGGCGGACUUGGACACUAAUAAGGGAAAUACUGGUGAGGCAGGCACCUGGCUGAUUCGCCUGGAGGAAAACAGUGGCGAGGGAACCGCCAUUUUGCAGUGUUAUCGGUGGACGAAGAAAGAGUCUAGACGUUACUUCCGGAAACUCAGUAGGGCUAACUUGCGUCCGUGCCCAUGCAAUAUCAGGCAGGCUUGGUGGGACCGACGGUUUCGUUUCAACUGGUGGAACAGUCAGGACUAUAACGGUAAUCGAAUAUGCUACCGAUCGACUUUCCGGAGAAGAAAUUUGAGACGGAGGUGCUGUUACUCAACUGACUGGUUGUUUUCAAAUGACUGGGGCGCUCUCCUGGUUGGUAGUCCAAAUGGAGGGCACGUGGUGGAUGAAACAAACACAGCUUCAGAGGAAUACGGGUAUCAGAAAUGCUGCGUGGAGAGCACCUUUAUGUGCCAACUUUUCUACGUUCUUCUACCAUCCAACGACUGCGAGGGAUACAGGCCGCCACGACGAAGGAUAUUCUGGGGAGACCCUCACCUCGUUACUUUGGACGGUCUGAACUACACCUUUAACGGCCUGGGAGAGUUUACAUUACUGGAACUCGAUAGCGGAGAGAUGCAAGUACAGGCACGGACGAGAAGGGUUUCGGAAACCUCAACUGCUACUAUCUUCUCUGGAGUUGCGAUGCAAGUGGUCAACCAGACUGUUAUUCAGGUCAACUUAGUGAACGGGACAGAGGACGAACUGGAGGUUUUCAUUAACUGUUCUAUGAUUGAUAUUGGAAACUUCACCAACGACACCAGCACACAUUCCUCGCUGCCUGAUACCGUGCUUCUCUCACGCCCAGAGAAUAAUUCGUUCCAAGUGACGUAUGAAAACGGAAUAACCGUAUCUGCGAAAGCUGUUAAGGGUGCAUUAUCCAUAAACUUUGACGUCCCUGAAACAUUUGAAAAUCUCACCAAGGGCCUGAUGGGCGUGUUUAACAGCGACAAAAGUGAUGACCUCACGCCUAGCAACGGUGCACCAAUACCUGAGACGUCAUCAGAAGGUGAUAUAUACCACCAGUUUGGAAUGACAUGGAUGGUUACGAACGAAACGACCAUAUUCUGCUACCAGGCUGGCGAGAGCUACGAGAUCUACAACUUUCCUGACUUUACACCCAUGUUCACUGACAACAUAACGUUCGCUAAUGCUACUCUCCAAGCGGCAGCUGAAGCCCUCUGUGGAUCUGAUAUGUCAUGCCUCUUUGAUAUAGCCCAAACCGGAGACCUCAGUUUUGGUGCAGUAACUCUCAGCGAGAAAAUUGCCAGUGAAAAAGCUUCGUCCGAAUUAGACAAUUUCCCGCCAAAAAUCACCGGGCCAAGAUCGCACAAGGUCCAGCGUGGUGUAUUCACCACCAUAACAACCAACGUGUCAGACGCAAAUGGUGACACAAUCACAUGCCAGCUCGAGACAAAUGGUUCUACUUCUGCCAACCUAUCGCAAGUUUCUGGCGACGAAUUUAACGUUGGCAUUCUCAUCAGCUCUUACUCCGAGGAGUUAAAUUUAAAGUUGAUAGCAAAGGACCCAAAUGACGCCAGAAGCACUUACCAGCCAGUGAUAGAAUACUGUCCUUGUGAAAAUGGUGGCACUUGCGCAUCACUCACAGCUACCGAACUGGAAGAAGCGUCUUCAUACUUCAUCGUCAUGGAAUGCACUUGUCCCGACAGUUACACUGGAACGUACUGUGAAAGUGAUAUCGACGCAUGCGCAGAGAACGCAGAGCCCUGUUAUCCCGGGGUUCGUUGUCAAAAUGACCCCCCACCACGCAAUAUAACUGGGUACACGUGUGGGCCUUGUCCUGAAGGGUAUUCUGGGGACGGGCAAACAUGCGACGAUAUAAACGAAUGCGUGAAUGGCAGUAGCUGUGAGCACAUCUGCGUCAACAUUCCGGGAUCAUACGCUUGCUCUUGUUACACGGGCUAUCAGUUGGCCACUGGAGGGCGUUGCGACGAUGUAAAUGAAUGUGUCCCAGCCAGUGACUGCUCUCAGACCUGUAUUAACACGCAGGGUUCCUACACCUGUGGGUGUGACACCGCCUUCUCCCUCCAGGCUGACGGCAAAACUUGUGCUCCGACCACGGCUUGCACCACUAAUAUCGGCUGUGAUCUGGUGAAUGGCUGGUGUUACGUAGAUUCGAACAAAACCAAUCAGUGUAGUUGUAAGAAAGGCUACACUCUUACUGGAGGAACCCAAUGUAACGAUGAGGACGAGUGUUCUACCGGCGCGAACAGAUGUAACCAGCAGUGUGUGAAUACUGUGGGCUCCUACAACUGCUCUUGUAACGGAGGCUACACCAUGUCAUCUGAUGGCUACACCUGCAAAGACAUAGAUGAAUGUAACCAGCUAGACUCAGUGUGUAAUUCCACACAGUCCUGUGUAAACAGUCCUGGUGGAUAUAACUGUACCUGUCCUACAGGCACCGUGGAUAUCGGGGGCCAGUGUAAACAGUUGGCUGAUGAUGUCAUGCCUGCCGCCGAGGAGACCAGGACUCCAAGCACAGCCGAGAGGGAAAACGCUGUUAAAAUGUCCGCCCUGAUGGCUUUAUUAGACUACACGGUUGCCGUGGAUACGGCGGUUGCCACGACGAUAGCUUCCGCAGCAACUACAUACUGCUCUGGAGGGAACUGUACUUUGAUCACUGGAACGACGACAACACGAAGAAGGAGGUCCACCUCUACCCCUACCUUUAGCUACAACUUCGUCCUGCGUGUGCCAGGUUACCCAGCAACAUCUAGCGAUGUCCCCACCUACAUAGAUCUGGCCUAUUACGUGCUCACAGCCACCGGGAACAUACUGCCUGCCGCAGAUUUGGUUGCCGUCAUGCAGGGCGCGCAGACAGAUCUUCAGAUCGCUCUAGGCAAUGUCAGUAUAACACAGCUUGGGUUUCUGGUGGUACCCGUCACUUCCAACGCCACAAACGCCACGACGUCGGUUGUCAUCUCGAUUUCAUACAACGUGGAGUCAACGUACUGGACAUGGGGAGUGGCUAUUGGUGGAAGCGUGCUGCUGAUUAUCAUUAUUGUCGUCAUCGCUGUUUGUGUCAGGAGAUAUUAUGCAUCAAAAUCUAUGGUUGUGAGCACAAGUCCUGAGCCGGAAGAAGAUAACGGGAUUGAGGCCACCCACCGGAAAGUGCCCCCACCGUACCCCAUGGUAAGCGGUGCUGCUAUCCCCGUAGCCUAUAAGGGCAGACGACCGUCACACCCCAAUGCCUUGGUGAUCGAGAGUGACGUAGAUAACUUGGACGAUUUCCAGGAUGACGACGAUUAUGACCAAAGGGAGCGUGACGACAGAGCAGGGCAACGCCAGAAUGGGCGAGAUUAUGACGACAGACGAAACAGAGGUCCAAUAGGUCGCGAUGAUUACUACGAUGAUGAUUACGAUGGCUACUAUUACGAUGAUCGGAGAGGCAGGGAUCCUCGCGACCGCGAUGACAGGAGAGAUUACAAUAGUCAUAGACGCUACGAUAGUCCUAGGCGGCACGACAGUCCGAGGCGAUACGACGAUAGGAGGCGCUACGACGACAGGAGAGACUAUGAUGACCGCCGAGACUACGACAGAGGGCGCUACGACGACCGCAGAGACUACGAUGAUCGCCGAGACUACGAUAGAGGGCGCUACGGCGACAGGAGAGACUAUGAUGACCGCCGAGACUACGACAGAGGGCGCUACGACGACCGCAGAGACUACGAUGAUCGCCGAGACCACGAUAGAGGGCGCUACGGCGACCGCAGAGACUACGAUGAUCGCCGAGACUACGAUAGAGGGCGCUAUUCACCACCACGUGGUGGUCGUGAGGUGGCCCCGCCUCAUGUCGUUAAGAAAGACAAAUAUGGAAGACCAAUACAGGAGAGCACAGGAGCUGUCGGGAAUAAAACCCGUAAACCUUCAUCUCCGCCACGCAACGCUUGGGGGAACGGUGCCAAACGAACACCGCCACCUGCUUAUGACAUUUAGUUCAGCAAUCAAAAAGGAAAAUUGCGAAUAAGGGCUGAACCUGGGCUAUGGCCAUGCUUCUGAUUAUAAAGACUAUUGAAUGGAAUGUAAUUAUACGGCACGUACUGGGUAUACUCUUGAAGAUGAAGUAUUUACGAAGUUCUGUGGCUCAAGCUAUCAUUCCAACAGCUGCAUAUUAUAUGGAAAAAUGCGAACGCACGCCGUGAGGCCAGCGAUGCCUUAAAAAUGGAACGUGCCAAAAUAUUAUCAUGAAUUGACGUUUUUGCAUGCGUGUCAUUUGAUAAAGAAUGACGGUGACGAUGAACAAUGGAUAGAGGAUAGAAGAGAAUUAUUGACAUUGACGUCGAUUUUACUUCUGUGAUACAGUCUCUGUUUAGGCCUGGCUUAUGCCAGAUUUGAAUUUGAAGUACGUGGUAUAUAAUUAUGCGUACGGAAUACCCAUUGGUUCUAAUGUGGUAAAUGUAAACUUUACACCACAUGAAUGUUAAUCCAAUAUGCCAUAUGAAAUAAUAUUUUUGAAAAUAUUUAUCCAAGCAAAAUGUGAUUGAAUUAAAGCUAGAAUGAGCUUUUGUUUGUUUGUGUGUAUUUGUAAAUGUAGUUUUGUGUGUAUUUGUAAAUGUAGUUAAAACAAGGUAAAGUGUGUAUCAUAAUUAUAGAUAACGAUAGAUAAUGUUCGUGGCUUGUGAGGUUGGCCCUUUCUAGCUACCAUGAUUUUCACGGAGGCGACAGAAUCGAUUUGUGGCGUACAAACCUUUGUUACCAAGUCAUAUGUAAAUUAUGUUAGUCAAACUUUUCUAAAUUGUUAUUUUUCCGUUGUUGAGGAAACAAAUUUCAAUAGUCAUGAUACUUUGAUUGCGCAGCUAGAUGCUGCCGUACAUCUCUCCAGCCUUGACCUUUCCUAAUUAUCAGCUCGUUUCUUACUAAAAGACGCGAGAAUGUUUCAGUUAGUCUUAUUAGUGCAUUAUUGAAAAAUAUUUUUAAUUUAUAAAUUUUGUUAUUAGUUAUUGUGAUUUGAUAUUUGCAUUAUAAUAAAUGUGUACUUGUUCGACGUGCCACUCUUUGAUGCCAUAUGUAUAGUAAUAUACCAUUACGAAACUUUGCAUUCGCCAAACUUGAUUGAUUUCCCUCACCUAGUGUUAAAACCAAACUACUGGUACGUAAGGUAUAAGGUGAGAAUCGUGAAAAAAAGCAUUAAGUAAAAGAAUCAAGAAACAAUCUAUAUGAAUCCGUGCAGUCCGGUCAGAAUAUUUGCAUAAGGACGUCAUCACUUAGUUGAUUUCUGGUGGAGAAUAAGUUGUAAGGAGAGACCGCAAAGAGCCACUAUUUUGAACAAUAUUUCUUAUAUUUUGAGACGCUGUGGUAAUACUACAACACCUCUGAGAUAAUAAGUAUACAUUGUAGUGGCAGUAUAUAUAUUCAGUCAAGUUGAACGGAGUUUUGAGUGAUACAUAAUUUGAUAUUGAUAUUAAUAGUUGAAGUUAAAAUUUUGGAUCUAUAAUUGUUAUUCCAUCCAAUAGAACAUAUUGUCUUUAUUACGUUACACGUGUUGUAGCUAUAUACCAACGAAGAAUAUGUUAUGACUCCGUCCGCAAUUUUUUUUUUUCGUUGCUAUUAAUUAAGACAUAUUUGGAAAUUUUAUAUAUCAGUUAACUGUAUUAUACUCGGAAAUGGAUAUUUGCAUGGUUUUUAUUAUUUUACUAUACAUAAAUCCGUUUUGUGUGUUUUGAUGCAGUAGUGCUUUUUGCUGUGUUAAACAGAUUUGAUGAAAUGGAUAAUUUCUCCCGUGUACAUGGACUUUUGUCAACCCGAGGGAGAAAAUUCAAAUAUGUCGGAAAGGCAAAGUAAUUCAAUCCUAGAAUGUUUUAAAACUUUACAUUGUUAUAUAAGUUCUCAAGGAACAAAUGAGCUUUUUUCUGCAAUUUUCUUUUUAUUUCAUUAUACAAUAAAAUGUCACUUUCUAAACUACGUUUUUUCUU